AACAAAUUCAUUCGUCGUAUCCUACCACCAGAUUCCCAUUUUGUAAUCGUCUGCUACCAGAAACUCCAAUUUCACCAUCAUUCCGUCGUCAACUUAUCUCAUUCUCGCCGGUAACCGUCAACAACUCAUCACCGGCGUUCACCACACCGAUCAAUCCAACACUUCCACACAGAUAUCUUCACCGGUAAAAUUCCGAUCAACACUUUCAACCUGAUAACAAAUCAUCGUUUCCGCUAUCAUCUCACGCAAUCGCGUUAACGUGCGCGACACGAAACUUGAGAUUAUCGAAUCGGAGUAAGUUAGGGUUUAAUCGGACCUUUGUAUGUGAAAGUUAGGGUGUGUAACCGAGUGAAAAUGUCCGGUGGUGAUCACAACGCUCACGGUAUACCGUUGCGAUCGGAUUUGGAAGGACACGUGUCAUCUGAAAGGAGUGGUAAAAGCGUGAAGAGUGUUUGGAAGCAACUGGAUCGACGGUUUUCCGGUAGACGUCUCAGUGUUAAACAACGGUUGCCUAGGGUUAACGGUGACGGAGGUAAGGGUGGUGAUGAGACGGUUGUAGAUGCGGCUACUCCUGAAUGGGCGCUGCUGCUUAUUGGAUGUUUUAUUGGAGUUGUUACAGGUCUCUGUGUUGCUGCGUUUAAUCUUGUGGUACAUGUAAUACAUGAAUGGUCUUGGGCUGGAAUUCCAAACGAAGGUGCUGCUUGGAUGCGUUUACAGAGACUCGCUGACACGUGGCAUCGGAUACUUCUAAUACCAGUCACUGGAGGAAUCAUUGUAGGGGUGCUUCAUGGUUUACUUGAAAUAAUUGACCAGAUAAAAAAGUCAACUCCUGGACAUGAGUUUAACAUUCUUUCUGGAAUCUUUCCAACGGUGAAAGCCAUCCAAGCUGCUGUAACUUUAGGUACUGGCUGUUCUUUGGGUCCCGAAGGACCUAGUGUAGAUAUCGGGAAAUCGUGCGCUAAUGGAUGCUCAUUAAUGAUGGAGAAUAAUAAGGAGCAACGCAUAGCUCUUGUUGCAGCUGGGGCUGCCGCUGGCAUAUCUUCAGGCUUUAAUGCAGCAGUUGCUGGUUGUUUCUUUGCUAUUGAGACCGUGUUAAGACCUCUUCGUGCUGAAAACUCUCCGCCUUUCACAACUGCAAUGAUAAUAUUGGCAUCGGUUAUUUCAUCAACCACAUCUAGUGUUCUACUUGGAGAAAAACAGGCUUUCACAGUGCCGAAAUAUGAUUUGAAAUCUGUUGCUGAACUACCCCUGUACUUGAUCCUGGGCAUGCUAUGUGGUGUGGUCAGUGUGUUAUUUACACGACUGGUAGCUUGGUUCGAGAAAGCAUUUAAAUAUAUUGAACAAAAGUUUGGACUGCCCACCAUUGUUUCUCCAGCUUUAGGAGGUCUAAUGGCAGGAUUAAUAGCUCUUAAAUAUCCUGGAAUUCUUUAUUGGGGAUUCACUAAUGUUGAUGAAAUUUUACACACCGGCAAGACAGCUUCUGCACCAGGAAUCUGGCUAUUAGCGCAAUUAGCGGCAGCUAAAGUUGUGGCUACUGCUCUUUGCAAAAGUUCAGGGCUUGUUGGUGGCUUGUAUGCACCGAGUUUGAUGAUUGGUGCUGCAGUCGGUGCUGUUUUUGGUGGUUCAGCGAUGGAGUUAAUCAACUCAGCCAUACCCGGAAACUCUGCUAUUGCUGAGCCACAGGCGUAUGCUUUAGUUGGAAUGGCUGCUACCUUGGCUUCAGUUUGUUCUGUACCCUUGACUUCAGUUCUACUUUUGUUUGAGUUGACAAAAGAUUAUAGAAUCUUGCUUCCUCUCAUGGGAGCUGUUGGAUUAGCAAUAUGGGUACCAUCUCUUGCAAACCAGUGUAAUGAGCACGAAGGAUCUGAUACAAGGAGUUUAUCAAGAGGUUAUUCAGUUAUUUCGUCAGAUGAUGACAAAAUUAACGAUUUGGCACAAAAUGGUGAAGAUCUGGAACUUUGCAUAAUGGGACCUGGUGAUAACCAUGACGCGAUUGAUGAGGAUAUUAUUCUGGAGGAUUUGAAGGUUUCUCAGGCUAUGGCAAACAACUAUCCGAAAGUCCUAUUAUCAUCGACUGUUAACGAGGCUGUAAAAUGCAUGGAUGAGAACAAACAAAGUUGUGUCCUUAUAGCUGACCCUGAAGGUCAUCUAGAAGGAAUUUUGACUUAUGGUGACAUUAGAAGGAGCAUUUUCAAGAUCUCUGAUGCAUCCUCAGAAGCCGGUUCAUUAACGUCAGAUUUAAGUGACUCUUGUGUUUCGUCCAUAUGCACUCGAGGCAUAAGCUACCGAGGGCUAAAGCGUGGACUUAUAAGUUGCUAUCCUGAUACCGAUUUGGCGAUUGCUAAAAAGUUAAUGGAGGCGAGAGAUGUAAAACAACUGCCUGUGGUACAACGCGGUGUUGGUUUUAAAGAAGAAAGGAAACGUAGGAUUGUUGGCGUCCUUUAUUACCAUUCAAUCUGGAGUUGUCUCAGCGAGGAGAUAAAUCGCAGGGGAACAGGGAGGUCCAAAGACCAUAUUGAAGAGAGGAACUUUUCAAGUGGGUAGUCAUUGAAGUUUUUUCUAAAGAUAAUGACAAAGUGGUAAGGUUUCUUGAUGCCCAAGUUUUGGAGUUAAAAUGGUUGUGAAUGAAGGUGGUGUUGCUUGGUAUACCCCAUGUCUGACUACAGAAUUAGUCAUAGAUAAGAGAACAUGUGAUAGCUUUAUGUAUUUGAAUUUUGAAGGGUAUCAGCUUUUGAAACAAGCAACCUUUCUUUAGAUUAGUAUCAGUAUAUCUGUAUAUUUUGCUUAAAGGAAAAAAUGUGAUUUUUUAGUAGGGAUGUUUAAGGAUGGUU